AUGGCAUCCAGGUUCAACUCCUCCCUCCACCAGCGCGACUCUCGCUCCGCGCUGUUCGAGGGCUACACGGGCUCCGGCGCCGGCAGCAGGCGGGGCAUCACACCGAGCCCGAGCCGGGGUUAUGGCUACGGAUACCCAGGUGGCGGUGGCGGCGGCGGCGCGCCCAACGGGAACGGGACACAUCUGGGCGUAGACGGCGGCAGCAGCAGCAGAGGGGGCUUCCGGCCCGCGACACCGAACAAGAGGGGACAAUACAGCGACGCGGUGCUCAACGAGCUCGAGAGCCAGAACGAUGCGCAGAUCGAUGGUAUCAUGGGCAAGGUGCGGGUCCUGAAAGAUAUGACGGUAGCGAUCGGCGACGAGAUCCGUGAAUCCUCGGCCCUCGCGGAAAAGAUGAAUGACCAGUUCGACAACAUGCGGCUGCGUGUGCGUGGCACAAUGAACAGGAUGCUGCUGAUGGCUGAGCGGACGGGUGUCGGCUGGAGGGUCUGGCUGGGCUUCUUCGCCGCGGUGGUCCUUCUCUUCGUAUACGUGUGGUUGUUCUGA